UAUUUUUCAGCAUACAACGGACGGUAACAUAGUAGUGCAGAAAAAUCGAGUUUCCUGCAUUUUCAGGCGUGAAAAUAUACGUGUUAUUGUGUAUUUUAAGGGCUGAAAAUAGUGCAGGCCGGAAGCUAAGACUCUUGGCCAUCGUCGAGGAUUGGAAAAUAGUCAGAAUAUGUGGCCGCUGGCCCAGAAAAGGCCUCACAAAAACGACGCAUGAGACAGCCCGAGAACGAAUUGCGAACCAGAUGAUAUAGCGUGCGAGAGGCAAAGAGAGGCGACGAAGACGGUGAAGAGAGAGAGGAGAAGAAGAGCAGGCCAGAGUAGACACAAAACUCCGACUUUUCCACAUUUUCCAAUCAUAUUUCGUUUGCCAUCGAAUUGCUCCCAACAUGGCCGAGGUUGCCGAGGAGGUGGCUCCGGCUCCGACAUUCUUUGCGGAGGACGUGGGCGGCUCUGUGAUCGUGGAACCCGGAGCCUUACCUCCGACCACCCCAGGAACACUGACACUGCCAGCGGCGGCCAUGAAGUUCGCAGACCUAACAGAGAGUGGUAGCGAGUCGGGCGACGGGGAAGCUGGCGGACAACCAGGGACCAGCGCCUCCGCAUCCGUGUCUGCAUCGGCCAGUGGCAGAUCCUCACCGCCGCCCAAUUGCGCUAUUUGUCUGUCGCGCUGCCGGCGCAAGUGCUUCACAGAUUCCUGCAUGCACCAGUUCUGCUUCAAGUGCCUGUGCGAGUGGAGCAAGAUCAAACCGGAGUGCCCGCUGUGCAAGCAGCCCUUCAAGACCAUCAUCCACAAUGUGCGGACUCUGGAUGAUUAUGACCGAUAUCCGGUGCAGACCACAUCGCCCUCCAUGCAGGAACACUCCUCCCUGCGUUUCCACAUCGUUCGUCGUCCCAGAUACGUGCCACUGGUCCAAAAUCAAGCCGUGAUGACUAACGACAUAGAUGCUGGAGCGGAGAUAGGUGGUGGCGUCUUGGUAGCUGCAGGCGGAGUGGCUGCUGGAGAGGAUGGGAUACUGCGGGCAGUAGCAGAGGAGGUAGUUGGGAGCCGACACACCUACAGCCGGUUCGAGCCCUACCGCAUGGAGCUGAUGAACUUUUACCGACAAGACCAGGAAGCGGCCUCCCCGAACACCUCCCUCAGCCAGCUGUGGCGACGGUAUGUCUACGACAGAAAGCUCUACGCGCUGCCAGUGAGCGACAGCAGCACGGGACACUUUCGCCAGUGGAGUGCCCGGUUCUACAGAAAUAAUCCCGCCCAGAUGCAUCGUCUGAUGCCGUGGAUCCAGCGCGACAUCAUUUGUCUCUUGAGGAAUGCGGCGCACAGCGUCAGUACCGUGAUGCAGCUAAUGAACGACAUCCUGCCGAUGACGAACAUACUCGGCCCCACAUUCCGGCGCCGCUUGACGCCAUACCUGGGCGACCGCACCAGUCACUUCAUCCACGAGCUGUUCAACUUUGCUCGCUCGCCCUUCGACAUGAUUGGCUACGACCAUGUGGUUCAGUACUCUGCCCGCGUAGCCGAGGAGGUGGAAGUCGACCUCCUCGACAUGGUGGAGACCCAAUCCUCUAAUGGAAGUGAACUCCAUCUGGACGUGGGCGAUGGCGACGGAGACGGCGAGGCCGGAAAUGCAGAGUCAUCGAACGAUUGGAGCGCUGCCAGCGGCCGCCCCUCCACGAGCGUGAUUGUGACCAAUCCCAGUGCCACACAUUCCUUCAGUGUGACGAUGGCCAGUGAUGGCAGUGAGCUGCCAGGCAUAUCCAUCCGCCGCACCGCAACUUCCAAUGUAGGCUCCCAGACUGUGGCCAUCAACCUCAGCAUGCGGCGUCCGGCAGAGCAGGUGGAGGCGGAGUCAGAGGUUAUCGAAAUCGAUGAUGGCGAUGCGGCCGCCAAUGCCGAAGUGGCUGCCAUCACGGAUGGUAGCAGUUCCAGCCGGCGGAAUGCAGGCGCAGCUCUGCCGGUCAGCGCCCACAUUGAGCUCCAGAGCAGCAGCAGCUCCGGCGAUGAAGAUGAAUGCGUAUUUGUCCUGGAGCUGAAACCCCCACACCUGCGCACCCCGGAGCAAGUGAGCCUGGACUCCAACAGCGACUCCGACGUGGUUUUCGUUGACGAGCAGCGAGAAAAUCCAGCUACCGCCAAUCCUGAGGCGCCAUCCACAGCGGAAGCGGCUACCAGGGAUCAGGGCCUGUUUAUGGGACCAAGUACGAGUGCGGCGGCCAAGGGUGGCAAAAACUGGGAGCUGGUGCUGGAAGAGGUGCGCCGGAAAGACCAGAGACGGGCCACUCGAGUCCGCCAACUAAACUACUUCGGAGCCAGAAGCGCCAGCAAUCCCAGCAGCAACAGCAGCUCUAGUUUUAACUUCUCCAGCGACAGUGACGACUCCAGCUCCAGCAGUUCCGACUCUGAGGGCAGAAAGAAAAAGCGCCGCCGGCCCAAGGCGUCUAGAAAGCGUCCUGCCAAAGCUGCACAAAGACCCCGCCGCAAGCGCAGUCGCCGUCAGACGGCUAGAAGGAAACUUAGUCCAAAGCAGGAGGAGCAUGAGCAGGAUCUGCCCCCGGAGCAGCCGCAGAUGCCGCUGGAGAGCAGCAGUGACUCGGGCAGCUCAAGUGAUGAUGAGUCCGCCGCCGACAGUAGCGGAACCUUGCGUCCUAGCAACAGCAACGCAAACAAGGACACCUCCAGUAGCGACGAUUCGGAUGACGACAGCACGGAGAACCUGCAGCUCAGCGCCUUGAGAGCAACUUUGAAAGCGGAGGCCACUUUGGAAGAUCGGAAACCACUCAAACGAGAGCUGCAGCUUCCCGAGGACGAGGUGGAGAAUCAGCAGCUAGAGCCGACUUUUUCCCAUCAGGCAUUGUCCCGUCAGGAGGACAUCGAACCAGGAUGCAGUGAACCGAAGCGACGACGCAGCUGCAGCAAUAGCAAUCUGUCCAACUACAGUUACAGUAGCUCAACGGAAAGUACCAGCUCGGCUCCAGUAAACUCCUUUAUUUGGCCCCCAUCGAAAUAUGGAAAGGAUCCACUGGUUCGUGGAGCGGCAGUUGAGGAGCUCGACAUAGCCAACUCGCUGAUCGAGCUUGCUCCGCUCUCUAGUGAGGCACGUCGGGAAAUGGAUGAAAUUUUUAACGUUCAAUCCGAUGGCGCGGAAGAUUCCAUAAGUUUCUUAAGCAACGACUUGCCGCGCGGAGAAAGCAAUUUGGAAAGAGCAGAUUCCCCUCUGGGGCUCUAUUCUGACGAUGCAGUUGAAACGGAGGUUAGCCAAGAACCAAUGCCCUUGGAUGCACCUAUUGACGUGGUAGGAGAAGCGGAAGUUGAGACCGCCGAGGAUACGGCAACGGCCAACGAAGAGCAAGAUGAGGAUGACGACGAGGAAAAUGAAGAACCGAAUGCAGGAGAAGAUCAGCAGACAAAUGUAGAUGAGGACGAAAAGCAGAAUACCGGUGACGAAGAUGAAGAUAAAGAAGACAAUGCAGGUGAAGCUGAUGAGGAGGAGGAGGAGGAGGACAACGGCGACGACGACGGCGAGGGCGAGGGCGAGGAUGACGAUGAUAAUGAAGAAGAGGAGGAUCAGAACUCGGAGAACUCUGAUCCCGACGGUGUGUACGCCCUCCUGGCGUCUCUGGAAUAGGCUAACCUCUUUUAAAGUUAUUUGUAAACGUUUUUUAACUGGUUUCCGUCUUGUCGUGUUCCGAAUCCUAAACCAUACCCAAAAACAAAAGGAAGUACAUAUAGAUUGUAUAUGUUUCAAAAGUAACUUAAGUUGCUUGUAAGUAAGGUCUAAUCUUAAGGUCGUAGUUGUAUCCUAGCGCUAGGAUUGCCAUUUUAAGUUGUACAUAUUCACGUCUAUUCUAAUAUGCAUUCAUACAUACAUAUAUAAAUGUAGCCGCAA